CACCUCACCUGCAUGCUUGGACUUUUUCGAGGCCUUGGAAGUCGCAUGCAUCUCCAGUCCUAACCUCGAUCGACGUCCCCCAAAUCCGACCCAUUUAUUUGUUACCAACUGAAUUCGAACGCCUCAAAACACAGAAACCUCAAUCCGCAAAAAAAAAACCUCUCACAAUGGAUUCCGAAGGUGUCAAGAAAGCCAUCGUGCAGGCCACUCUCCAAGAGACCAACACAGCCAACGCCCGUGCUCUUAUCGAGGGUAUCACCGGCAGCUGUUUUGAGAAGUGCGUUCCCAAGCCCGGCACCUCCCUCUCCUCGAGCGAAAAGACCUGCAUGUCCUACUGCGUCGAGAAGUACAUUGCGUCCUGGAACGAGGUCAACGGCACCUACAUCCGGAGGUUACGGCAAGGGGCUGAGGGCAACCACUAAAUCAUUGGCUUGGGACAUGUAAUGAUACUAUGUUGUACGAUAUUGGCAUAGAGCAAUGGGCAGGGAUGGGCAGAGUUGUAUAUGAAUACAGAUACCCAAAUG